GCCAGCGAGCGGAAAGGAGUCGCGCUGCCGGAAGGGAUAAGGAGCCGCGGUCAAGCGUUAAUCUCGUUCUUUGGUAGCACUAUGGAUGCACGUUUUACCCGUGGCAAGUCUGCUAUCCUGGAACGUUCGCUCACCCGACCCAAGACCGAUGUAAGCCUCAGUGCCUUUUCCCUGCUGUUUUCCGAGAUUGUACAGUACUGCCAGAACAGGGUCUAUUCUGUUUCUGAGCUUCAGAACAAACUUUCUGAGCUAGGCCAGCAGGUGGGAGCUCGUAUCCUGGAUGUGCUGGUGAUGCGAGAGAAAAAUGGCAAACGUGAGACCAAGGUCAUCAAUAUUCUGCUCUUCAUCAAGGUGACAGUUUGGAAGGCUCUCUUUGGGAAGGAAGCUGACAAGCUUGAGCAAGCCAACGAUGAUGACAAGACCUACUACAUCAUUGAGAAAGAGCCUCUUAUCAAUACUUACAUUUCAGUUCCCAAGGAGAACAGCACCCUCAACUGUGCUUCCUUCACUGCUGGCAUCGUGGAGGCCAUGCUCACUUGCAGUGGCUUCCCUGCUAAAGUCACAGCCCAUUGGCACAAAGGGACCACACUCAUGAUUAAAUUUGAUGAGUCAGUUAUAGCACGUGACAAAGGGUUGGAUGGCCGUUGACAUUUUGUAUAAAUAAAUUUGAAUUAUCCAUGUGUGUAUAUGUAUAUAGAGAGUAUGUACAGAUAGGCACACACAUUCUAUAAUAAAGUAAUUUAUUCAUAUGUA